UCGGGCAGUAUGGACUCCAACAACAGGGCCCGUCUUUGAAAACAAAGUUAAUAACACGCACUUAAGACGAGAGUCUGCGGUAAAAAUCGGACUGCGGUUGUUUUUUAUUCUCCUCCACGAUGGCAGCGCGCGCGGGCAGCGGGAAUAAAGUGCGUGAAGCGGCGGAAACAGGGCGGCGGAUGUGAAGUGGACCAGCCAAAUAAAUAAGAUAUGAACGCGUCUUUCUCUCUACACAGGCUGGCAAUACCACGGAGAAGUAAACGAGGCUGCGCAGAGAGCGAGAUGGCAACCAUGAUUUAGAUGCAAUAAGUGUUAAAAGCUGACAUUUUCAAAGGGAGCUUUCGUGUUGACCGCAGGUUGGAACUACCGGGAGGCAGCGGCGCAGCGCCCGGGCUUUGGUGCGCCGGAUCCGGCUUGGAAGCAGAUGAAGGGUCGGUGGUGCUCGGGCCGUGUGGCUGUCCGUCGUCCAUGAUUGAGCGGCUGCUUCGGGGAUAUAUUUGGCAUGCAGGCUGGGCUAAACACGACAUUUCAUUAGCUGCAGCAAAGGUCUUCAACCCUCCUCCACCCCCUCCUCCUUGUGGAUCAUUGGAUCGCCCCGUCAUCAUCACUCCCUCCUCCUCCGGAAAAGACCAGCAGGAAGGUUUCCGGAUCCCUAACUCCCCAUCUCUCUCCCGAAUCUAUCACUUUCCUUUGUCAUGAUGGCGACGUGGAUGUUUUAUGGCGCGCUCUAACGCCUGAGAAGGAGGCACAAUGCACAGGAAUCAAUGACGAACAAGUGGACAAUGGAAAUAUGAAUGAUCUCAGAGGGGAAAAAGUGGUUCAAGAAUGCUUCAAACUGCCUCCUGGAGUGAUGACUAGUGCAUUCUGGGAAAUUUAAAGUGCCUUGCCCAGAGACGGCGGCAGGACCAAAGAGAUGUGCAACAAAGGAACUAAUAUCCAGUAGUUUUGGGAGCUUUUUUCAUCAUUCCGUCAAUCUGAACCUCCAUUUUUUACUCUAUCGUCUUCUUCUUUGGUGCUUUUAGAGCCAAACAACAUCAGUGCCCCCCCCACUUCCCUCCCUCCUCCAUAACUUCCUUCCUUAGUCUUCUUUUUCUUUCUGUGACGACCCACUUGGCCUCCACCAUUCGCCCCUCCCUCGCAACGGCUGUCCUCCCCCCUCGCCCCCGCCCCCAGUCAUCCUCCCCCUCCACCUCCCCCUCCCUCACCCCAUCCUCCCCAUCCUCCGCCCCGUCCUCCCCCCACCACCCCCAUCAUCACCACCACCACCCUCACCCUCAGCCGCACUCCCACCACCACCAGCACCACCAUCACCACCACCAACUCUCCUCUUCCCCGCCUCGCUUCUCGCCUCCGCCCUUCACAACCUCCUCUGUAACGAUGGCGACGGCUGCCACCGCCCCUUCUUCAUCCUCUUCAUCGCCACCGACGGCCAACGGCAGCGCCAGAGAGCACCUCCUGGCGGUGCGGCGUCGAACUCCUCACUCACGGCCAUACACGAUAGGGCCCGAUAACCUCCGCAGCCUGUCUGUGCAGAGCGCAGUCGGAGCCUCGACUUCGGCGUCAACCUCCUCUUCCUCGGCUAUGUCAUCAGGGAACCAACCAGAAGCAGCCGUGGGACUCCAACGGGCUAACAGCGACACGGACCUGGUGACAUCAGACAGUCGCUCGUCACUUACAGCGUCCACAUACCAGCUGACUCUAGGGCACAGCCACCUGGUCAUCUCCUGGGACAUCAAGGAGGAAGUGGACGCCACCGACUGGAUUGGCCUCUAUCACAUCGAUGAGACGUGUGUGGCCAACGUGUGGGACUCCAAGAAUCGGGGCGUGAACGGCACCCAGAGGGGACAGAUCGUGUGGCGGCUGGAGGCGGGACCCUACUUCAUGGAGCCAGAGACAAAGAUCUGCUUUAAAUACUAUCACGGUGUAAGUGGAGCACUGAGAGCAACAACGCCCUGUAUCACCGUCAAGAACCCUGGAGUACCGGUUGGAAGUGAAAGCCAAAUUGAGGACCAAUCAGGGGCCGAGCACUGUCGGAAACUAGUCAGCUUCACCCUUUCAGACAUACGCGCUGUAGGCCUCAAGAAGGGCAUGUUUUUCAACCCUGACCCCUACUUGAAGAUGUCCAUCAAGCCCGGGAAGAGGAGCGGCCUCCCCAAGUUCACCCACCACGGCCAGGAGAGACGCUCCUCCAUCAUAGCCAACACCAUCAACCCUGUGUGGCACGGCGAGAAGUACACCUUCGUGGCUCUGAUGACUGACGUGUUGGAGAUCGAGGUGAAGGAUAAGUUUGCAAAGAGCCGACCAAUCAUUAAGCGGUUUCUGGGUCAGCUGAUCAUACCCGUGCAGAGACUCCUGGAGGGGCCAACAGCUGACGAUCAGCCGGUCAGCUACAGCCUGUGUCGACGCCUCCCUACGGACCAUGUGAGCGGGCAGCUUCUGUUCAGAGUGGACCUCACUUCCACGGGACAAGAAGAAGCAUCUCCUGAUGCUGUUGGGAGCAUCCUUGGUGGCGCUGUGAACGGUGACCCUGGCAGCCCAUCUGAUGAUGAAGAUCUCCCUCACCCGUCCUCACGUGUCACAUGUGGAGCCUCCCCCACAGGGUCUGAUGAAGGCUCCCUGUUGGUCAAUGGCGCUUGUUAUUAUGGAGACGACAGCGUUUGGAGGGAAGCCGGGCACAUGAGGGAUGAGGACCUGCUUCCUUUGGCUCUGGGUGGCCACACCCACAGGCAGGUGUCGCUAAACGACUACCUUGAUGCUAUUGAGUCUCCAAGGAGCCCAGGGGACCGACCUCUUGCGGGGCCGUCGCCGAAACUGCGCUCCAGCUUUCCGACAGACACGCGGCUCAACGCGAUGCUGCACAUAGACUCUGAUGAGGACGAAGAGCACAGAGAGACGACAACGCAGCAGAGCUCAGACUCGACAAGAUCGGCAACAUCAGAAUCACAACAGGGGAGCGAAGGGCCCAAAGAAGAGCCGACAGGAGCAGGACCAGCAGCAGAGGCUGGUUCCUCUGCUGCCACUCAGUCUGGAGCUGAGCCUGAUGGAGCCGCAGAGGGAGCAAACGGAGUCCAAACACCAGCAGCAGCAGCAGCAGCAGCAGCAGCUGAGACUAAAAAUGAGACUGGACCGGCUGCAAAUGGCAGCGGAGAAACAUCGACAGGUACAACGUCAUCAGGAGCCGAAGCAGGAGCAGCAGCUGGGACGGGGGAGUCUGUGGGGGAGUGUACCUGUCAGGAGCAGAGCAGCAGGUUGGGGGCAAACCUGGAUGUACCCUACAGUCCUCCACUCGGUCCACUUUCACCCAUUCAGGAGGUGGACACAGCAAAAGAAGUGGCUCCAAAGGCAGAAGAAGAAGGAGCUGAGUCUUCAAGCAGCGAGGCUAAUGGACCGGUAGCAGCGGCAGCUCCCACUAACAGCAGCGUGGCCGACCAGGGAGGAGGGACUUCUGAAGCUGGAGCCAGCGGUGGUCAGGAGGCAGAGGAGGAAGGAGGCGAGGUGUGGAGAAGGAGGCAGUCCCUGCAGGCGUCAGGAGGUGCGGCCCAAAACCAAGAGACUGGCGGGGCUAGAGAGAGUCAGAAUGGGACGACUGGGGCAGAGAGGGAAACAGGUGCCACCGCUCAGGUGAAUGGCCAUCAGUCUGUUCGCUCCCUGCCAUCAGUCCGCCAUGACAUCAGUCGUUACCAGAGGGUGGACGAGCCGCUGCCGCCGAACUGGGAGGCUCGUAUUGACAGCCACGGUCGGAUCUUCUACGUCGAUCAUGUGAACAGGACUACAACUUGGCAGCGCCCCACGGCUCCUCCUGCCCCGCAGACCCUUCAGAGGUCUAACUCAAUCCAGCAGAUGGAGCAGCUGAACCGCAGGUAUCAGAGUAUACGAAGGACGAUCACCAAUGACAGCAGACCAGAGGAGCAGCCAGCCAAUGAGCUUUCAACUGACGAAACCGACAUGCAACCCUCCAUCCCAGAGCUGCGCAGGGACAGCAGUGUGGCUCAGUCCAGUUCCCGGUCCCGUCUCACGCUGCUGCUCCAGUCUCCCAGCGCCAAGUUCCUCACCAGCCCCGACUUCUUCACUGUGCUGCAUUCCAACCCUAGUGCCUACCGUAUGUUCACCACCAACACGUGUCUGAAGCAUAUGAUCAGUAAGGUUCGUCGGGAUGCUCAUCACUUUGAGCGCUACCAGCACAACAGAGACCUGGUGGCCUUCCUCAACAUGUUCGCCAACAAACAGCUGGAGCUGCCCAGAGGCUGGGAGAUGAAGCAUGACCAUACCGGCAAGCCUUUCUUCGUGGACCACAACUGCCGUGCCACCACCUUCAUCGACCCCCGGCUGCCUCUCCAGAGCUCCCGACCCCCUAGUCUCCUCGCUCACCGCCAACACCUGACCCGCCAACGCAGCCACAGCGCCGGGGAGGUCAGCCCACGACGACUGGUGGGUGAAGACCUCAGACAUGGCCCACCCGUCCUGCCGCGGCCCUCCAGCACCUUCUCCUCCUCCAGCAGGGGGCAGUGUCAAGAUGUGGUGCCAGUGGCUUACAACGACAAGAUUGUGGCGUUUCUACGGCAACCAAACAUCUUUGAGAUUCUGCAGGAGAGGCAGCCGGACUUCAACCGGAACCAUUCACUCAGGGAGAAGGUGCAACUGAUCCGCACAGAUGGAGGUUCAGGAUUGGCCAGGCUGUCCGGCGAUGCUGACCUUGUCAUGCUGCUAAGCCUGUUUGAAGAUGAAGUAAUGUCCUACGUGCCUCCUCACGCCUUACUUCACCCCAGCUACUGUCAGUCACCCCGGGGCUCACCUGUCUCCUCCCCACAGAACUCGCCAGGCACUCAGAGAGCUAACGCCCGCGCCCCAGCACCCUACAAGAGAGACUUUGAGGCCAAACUACGAAACUUCUACAGGAAACUAGAAACUAAAGGCUACGGCCAAGGUCCAGGGAAGUUAAAGCUCAUCAUCCGCCGUGACCACUUGCUGGAAGAUGCCUUCAACCAGAUCAUGUGCUAUUCCCGUAAAGACCUGCAGCGCAGCAAGCUCUAUGUGAGCUUUGUCGGGGAGGAGGGGCUGGACUACAGCGGGCCUUCCAGAGAGUUCUUCUUCCUGGUUUCCAGGGAGCUGUUCAACCCUUAUUAUGGUCUGUUUGAGUACUCUGCCAAUGACACCUACACCGUGCAGAUCAGCCCCAUGUCGGCCUUUGUGGACAAUCACCAUGAAUGGUUUCGCUUUAGUGGUCGUAUUCUGGGUUUGGCUCUGAUCCACCAGUACCUGCUGGAUGCCUUCUUCACCAGACCUUUUUACAAAGGCCUGCUGCGCAUUCCCUGUGACCUGAGUGAUCUGGAGUAUCUGGAUGAAGAGUUUCAUCAGUCGCUUCAGUGGAUGAAGGACAACGACAUAGAGGACAUGCUGGACCUCACCUUCACCGUCAAUGAGGAAGUCUUUGGACAGAUAACAGAAAGGGAGCUGAAGCCCGGCGGAGCCAACAUCCCCGUCUCAGAGAAGAACAAGAAGGAGUACAUCGAACGGAUGGUGAAGUGGAGGAUAGAGCGAGGGGUGGUGCAGCAGACGGAGAGCCUGGUCCGAGGUUUUUACGAAGUGGUGGAUGCCAGGCUGGUGUCAGUGUUUGAUGCCAGAGAGCUGGAGCUGGUGAUUGCCGGCACAGCGGAGAUCGAUUUAUCAGACUGGAGGAACAACACAGAGUACAGAGGAGGUUACCAUGACAACCACAUUGUCAUCCGGUGGUUCUGGGCAGCAGUAGAGAGGUUCAACAAUGAGCAGAGGCUGAGGCUGCUGCAGUUUGUGACCGGGACGUCCAGUAUUCCUUAUGAGGGCUUCGCUUCUCUGAGAGGCAGCAACGGACCUCGCAGGUUCUGUGUGGAGAAGUGGGGGAAGGUCACCUCACUGCCCAGAGCUCACACGUGUUUCAACCGGCUCGACCUGCCCCCGUACCCGUCCUUCUCUAUGCUGUACGAGAAGAUGCUGACAGCCGUGGAGGAGACCAGCACCUUUGGCUUGGAGUGACACCCUCAUCUGUCCACCCGGCCAGCUCUGGACUCCUCUCUGAUCAACCCUCAAGAACCUUUAGGUUCUGGAUUUAAAGCUAAAUUUGUGUUUUUGUUUUUAAUUUAUGGUGGGCUUUAUUUCAUAGCAGAGGCUGAAAAGACCUUUGAAACACGAAGCUGCACUCUGUUCUAUAGAAACGCCCCGUGUACAGAGGUAAACAGUGACUCUUUGUUGCACUUGCACGAUUUCACUCCUACUUAGUAACACGCUUUCACCUGUGUGAUGUGAGGAAUGAAGACCCGCACUGCCUUUGGGACCAGAAUCAUAACUGCCAGGAUUUGAUCAACCUGAGACCCUUUUUUCCUCUUUGAUACCAGGAUUUCAAGUUUAACGUUCACAUCAAAGAAGAAGCUAACACUGCCUUCACUGCAGAGGCUGACCAGACGGACCUGUGAGGAGCACAGGCCGUCCAGAACUGCCAGCUUCAGCGACGCCCUCACUGCAGUGCAGCAUCUCCUUGUGGCCUGUCCUAGUAUCUGCACUAGAUGGUGCACUUGUUUCUCAAAGCCUUUUGGGGGAAGCGGCUUUGGUCGAGUUUGUUUGAUUUUUCCAGUGAACUUCAGCCCAUUUUGCAGGACCCGAACACAAGCUUUGGUAAUGUUGUUACAGUAUUUUCAUCUAUGAGAAAAAAAGUGGUUUUCUAAUGAUGUGGCAGUGACAUGUUGUGAUUUGAAUGUAACUUUAUGAUGUUGAUAGUGUGAAAGAAAUUUUGAAUCAGUUUGCAAAAAAAAAGAAAAAAAAAUCACCACUGAACUUGUGUUAGUAAGGAAAUGAAGUUACAGUGUGCAACUGUAUCCAUUAAUGUUGCUUAGGGUUGAUUUGAAGCAUUGCUUUUCAGAAUUUUUCCCAAGAAUCUCUCAAAAAUAUAGCUAUAUUGAAAAAAAUCUUCAAAUAAAGAUAGAAAUAUCCAAACAACAGUGGUGGAUCUAGAAAGGUUACACUUGAGGGAUGUAACACCAACGAAAUUAAAGCGUAAGCUAAAUUUAUCUGAUUAUUUUCAUAGUUUUAGCUUUAAUUCUGUUAUAAAGUGGCGUCUACAGAUGCAUCAGUGGUGAUUUGCAAACAGUGUGGCAGGAACAGAUAUCAUCAGCUGUUGUUUAUCCGUUGUGUCAAAUCUAAUUACUACUGGCAUGUUGCUCCUGAAUCAAAAGAUAUUUUUCACCGUGCCGAGGAAAUCACCUGUGUGGUCAAACAUGAGAGAAAAAGUUUACUUCCUACAAGUCUUAGUCCUGAAGAAGUAAUGAACUUAAAAGGGACCCGACACAAUCAGACAAGUUCAUCUUGUUUGUGUCUCCCAUAUGUAUAUUGAACUUAAAAACUUGAUAGAUACCCACACUGGUACCGUGACUUCUCUUAGCCAUAGCGCUCCUUGCCAUUGCUAAGCAGUAACCGCUGUUUCAGGCUGUAUUGCUGCUUCAUACGAGGCACGAGUUUGCUGUGUGUUGGCUUUGUCUCCCUGCUGCAAAAACUCUGCCAUUCCUCCUAAGUUUUACCGCAGUAAAAGUCCCUACAAGUGACUUGAUUCAGUGUGCUGCUAGCUUUUCAAAAUAAAAGCAUUAUGUACAUACGAAGGCAGUUUUUCCAAAAAAGAAAAAAAAAACCUGCAAAAGUGGGCUUUAACUUUGAAAAGCGCAAACCAGAAGUGUUUUCAUGCUGCAUCUAUCAUUAUCUGUAACGUGUGCAGAAGUUUGGGGAACAACUUUUUAAACAGAUGCAUUUUAGCUCGUGGCCUUCAUCUGGUUCAUCAAGAAGCGGAUUUCAAACAUAUUCUACCGAUAUUGAUGUAAAUAUUUGCUACAACAAUGUAUUUAUGGCUCAGUAUUUAUCAUCUUCCUGUCUAGUUUGACCGAUAACCGCUCGUGGUCCAAUGAAAAAAUAGAGGAGACCUCAAAUCUUAAAAUUGAGAUGCAGUUUAUAAGCUCAAAUCACUCAAAAUGCAGAUAUCUAGUGAGUUUUUAGUUCAAUAUACAUAUAAGAGAUACAAAUAUCUAUCCAACAACAUGAACUUGUCUGAUCAUGCAGGGUUCCUUUAACACUGGUAUCAGUAAUCGGCUAAACUUUCAUGUUAAACAUCAGUAUCAGCCCAGAUUUUUAAAAUUAGUGGAUCUCUAGUGGUGUCCUUGUAUUUUUUUAUUACUAUUAUGAUGUUCUCUGUGGCCAGUGUCAGCUUAUAAAGUGUAUGAGUCAGCUGUUUAACUUCAGUUCAUUGGAGGGGUUGGACUUCAACGUCAUCUUAGGCUUCAGCGGGUUUGCAGGGUCUGCUUACCCAAAGACAGCCAUGGAGUGGUUUACACCUCUCAGGUAGGAAAGUGGCAAGAUAUUAAAAAAGCUACUUCUGGAGGUAAACAUUUAAAGAUACAAUGAUAUUUUUAAUUUUCUGUGCGUCAAAUUGAGCUUCUUUUAGUGGCUGAAGUGUUAAUAUGUAAGGAUGUUUUGUUUUUUCUUUCAUGUUGGAUUAAAGGAGCAUAUUUUUUAUAAAUUAAAUGAAAAUAAUGUAUCCUUUUGAGAUUCAGAUGUCAUAUGAUUUAGGCGAAGCUGCACCUCCACCACAAUGCCUCUCUAGAUCCGCCUCUGUCUAACAUCUGCCAUUUUUAAUGUAAAUGUAUGACCAACUCAUGGAAGCUGGUUAAUCUGAGUUAAGUAAUACACAUUCUGGCUGUAUUAAUACUCUUCUUUUUGUUGUUGUUGGCUUAUUUCACCUUCAACCUAAUAACUAGAAGCUCAGAACGAUGAGAGGGUUUUCACGUUUUUGUUCCUAUUUCACACUUGUGAUGUCGGACACUUAUGUAAGGCUGAUUUUGAUCACACAUGCUGUCUGUAAAUCUUUCUCUUGACACUGUUGAAUUGUUUCUCUGGAUUUGCACUCUUGUCUUUUUUUCAGGAUUUAAUUUAACCACAUGCAGCGCUCAAAACAGACCAACGGCAAAGCAUGAAAGUUUUAAAGAACAGCUCACCUGUAACAGCUCUCCUCACUCAAAUGCACCCCCUCUCCUUGCACUAUGAAUGUACGCACGCCUUGAACUGCCACUUUGAAGGAAAACUGUCAACAUUUAGGCCUAGGUCACCUCAAAAUUAGCAGAGCUAACACAAUCACCCUGUAUGCCUCUAUUUAAUUUACAAUGCAAAUAAAUGGAAGCUCUUAUUUGCCAUUUAAAACAAAAUACAUAAAAGCUUUGGUGGGUUUGGAAUCAGUUCUGACUUGCUUAAUCAUACCAAUGAGGUGGUUUUCUUGUGAGGAGUUUUUUUUAUCAUGCUGAUUAUAGUGGCCCUAUGGAAAGUGGUAUACUGUGUAAAACAGCUGUAGGAUGCGCUUUAACACCAGUUUUGUCAUCUUGAAGUUGCCAGCGUCAAACGCCAAGAAAUGCAGACGCCACCAUCUCAUAUUGAAAAUCCACUCACUACAUUAUCUUAUCUGAUACAUGCUGGGAUACGUAACGACACAGGCAGAGCGUGUUGUUUCACUAUUACGUCUUAGUAAAUAUGGGCCUCCAUUGACUAAACUUAUUUAAGACAACAUGCUUCAAACUAUUUGUUUUCAAUCUUUGGAAAAUAGUCCUGAACCUGCAACAUUUCCUGUUUACACUUUUGGAGAAUGUAUUCUAAGUCGGUUCAUGUCUGGCCUCAGUUUGAUCCAGAUGAGAUCAUGAUCUUAAUUAAGGAAUGAUUUCCCUCAAUGAUCGCACUGCCCUCCGUUUGUCUAACCAGAAUGUACCAAAGUUUUGAGCUGACUGCCUCACGUCUAACAAGCAACCACUCUUUCUGUACAGACCACCUCACUUUUAGAAAUGAAUGUUUGUCAGCACUCCUCUCCCUGAAAUAAAAUG